CCUGUCGCCUGCAGCAGGGCCAAUGUCGAGGACAGAGCUUGCACAGCCUUCUGCGCUUCUGCAGCACGAUGUCGACCUCAAGGCUCACCUCGACUCACUCCACACUUCCCUGCUCUACAAUCUCCAAGCACUCGCGCAGCAUAAUCGAGAGAGGAGGCGGGAUCUCAAUGAGGAACAACAGGCACACGCCCAAGAGGUCGAUAGGCUGCAGACACAGCUCUCUGCUGCUCGUACAAAGGCGCAAGAGAUGCUUGCCCAGAUAGAAGCGGAACAGCGAGACAUCAAGUCAGCGAGCAAUGCUGUCGCCAGCCUGCAACUGCGCGAGCGCGCUCUCAACGACUCGCUCGCUCUAUCGGAAGCAGACGUGCAGGAGAUGUCGACCAAGCUCGACACGCGACAAUCCGAGCUCGACAGGCAUCGCGUCCUCGUCAGGCACCACGCCAGCUUGGGCGCGAUCGAGCUCAAGUACUUGCAACAAGCAACGGGUCUGUCUAUCAAACCUACCGGUCGCAUCUUGUUGCCUGCAGAACAUGGCCAGGUCAAGAUUGAGUUCCGAUUGGUUGACCCUGCCGACUUUGCCAGGCCAUUCUCACUCAUCCUGGCGACGACAUCCAUCGACAGGUCGAUGCCGAAGUACGCCAUUGUCUCCACCUCGCCACCACUCGAUCGCACGCUGCUGGGCACUCAAGAGGCCGCGCUGAAUCGAUCGCGCGAAUUGGGUCCUUUCCUGGCAGCCAUGAGAAGAUCAUUCGUCGCUUCAGUCGAAGCAGACCGAGCCGCUCGCACGUCCUGA